AGCCUAACAACCACGCUCAGCUUAAUUGAAGAAAAAAGGAAGGCUAUUCUACUUAUUCUUUAAUCGUCCCCCACCCUUCCCAACCAUCCUAAACUCAUAAAAACCCCCCGUCUCACUUGAAGAAUUGAACUUGGAUUUCCCACUUUCUCGAAAUACCAAGUAACCAUCUUUCGCUCUACAAGGUUCCCCUGAUUUCCCCUAAACUCUCGGGUGCUUCUCUUCGGUUCAGGGUCAAAUUGGUUGGUUCUGUGUCUCUCUGGACUUGAGGUUUAGGAUUUGUCAAUUAUAGAAGUGAUGAUUAUGGUACUGUAAGAUGAAGAAUAGAAGAACAGCUGUUUUCGAAGGAGAUUGGAGGAUUACAAGAAUCAGGCAUUGAAAGAGCCUCUUCAAAGACUGGCUGUUCGUUGAUCUUCUAGAAAGAGAGCUGCGAAGGGAUUCAAUGUCUGGGAACAUGUCAUCCUCAUCGUCAGAAGUGAUACCUGAUGACUUACAAAUGAGGCUGGAUUACCUGGAAAAUAGAGUGGCAUUUGCAAGGCUAUUAUUCCCAACUGAAGCCAGGUUAGCUAUGGAGAGUGCUGAUGCAGAUUCAACCUCCGUGUACAUCGGCCUUCUGGCUUCAAAAUCAAAAGGUUCAUGUGGGAAUUUAAAGGAGGUUGAUCUGAAUGAAACCCCUUCAAUGCGGAUCAAAAGACUACAAACGAGACUGCAAGCCCUUCGUAAAACGGUGGAAACAGGUCGGAGGUACUUCCCCCACUGCUCAGCAGUACUCGAUAACUAUUUGGAUGAUAUGCCCGAUGUUCGGUACCUGGAAAGGGGCACUUCAGAAGAGCAGGAAGUUAAGAAGAUGCGUUUCAUGGAACUUAAAGACGAAGUGCAGAAGGCGUUCUACAAGGACAUGGCCGAGAAUAGUCGGCCAGGUUUAACAUCCUCCUCCUUAUCUUCAUCGACUCUGAAGGAGGGUAUGAAUCACGAGGUCAGGAGAAAGUAACUUACAGAAUAACUAAAUCUCCUUUUCAUAAAAAUCUGAGAAGGAUUUCAGAGUUUUGAAUUUUGAAGAGCCUGAUUUCUCUGCAUAACAGCAUUAGGAAAACCUUAGUGCCCAGUGAUACUUUUGAGCUUGUUUGAUUGAGCACAUCCGCUUUUGGUUUUUUUUUUUUUUUUUUUUUUUUUUUUUUUUUUUUGUGUUAGAUGUAAUAUUUAUGGAGCCAAUCCCUGUAAAAUUUCCACACUUGAAAGGAGUUAUUCCCUACUACUUCAGUUAAUAACAUUUUCUGUUGGUUUA